ACAAUCAAAGCUACUCAUCAGUAUACAUUGUCUAUUCCAUCUUCCACUCUUUCACACUCACCUAUGGCUCCAAUCUCAAAACUCAUUCCUUUCCUAUUCUUAACAACCCUUUUAGUUUCCCUCCAAGUUAAUGCCAGAGACAGCCAAUUCUUCAGCAAAGUCACCCCUCUCAACAACAACAUCAAAGAGACUGAGACUCCCAAAAAUGAAGGCCAAGUAAACAAGCCAGAACAACAACCAACAUUCAUUCCUGAAACUGAAAACAGUUAUGGCCUAUAUGGUCAUGAGACUGGUCUGCACCCUCCCACCACUACAACAACUAAUGCUGCACCCUACACCACCACUUACAAGCCAUACAAAACUACCACAGCUGAAGAGGACACUGCCAAGUACUCCAACAACAACAACUUCUACAGCUUCAAGAAGGAUGGCUACAACACCAACCAAAAUGAGUUGAGUGAAACAACAAGACUCACAGGCACUUCUUACACCAACAACAACAACUACUUCUACAGCGGUAAGGAUGCUUUUGCUAAGCAGAAUGAAUUGAGUGAUACAAAGUACACUGAAGGUGGAUACAACACGGAAAAUCAGAACAGCAACAACAACAACUACUUCUACAACGGCAAGGAUGCUUUUGGUAAGCAGAACGAAUUGAGUGACACAAAGUACACAGAAGGAGGAUACAACAACAUGGAAAAUCAGAACAGCAACAACAACUACUUCUAUAACGGCAAGGAUGCUUUUGGUAAGCAAAAUGAAUUGAGUGACACAAAGUACACUGAAGAAGGAUACAACUCCAUGGAGAAUCAGAACAACAACAACAACAACAAUAAAUAUUACUACAACAACGACCAAGCCGCCAAUGAGAAAUACUUCUACAACAACAACAACAAUGAUGAUGCUGCCAACAACAGGUACUACAAAACCAAAUCUGUCAACAACAAUUACAACGGCGAGAGGCAGGGUUUGAGUGACACGAGGUUUAUAGAGGGUGGAAAAUACUUCUAUGAUGUUAAGUCUGAAAAGUACAACCAUCCAACACAAUAUGGUGGCUCAACCAGAGGAGUUAACUCAGAAAAUUGGUCCAGCAACAGAGGUUACUUUGGCAACAACAAUGUGAACUCCAUGGAAGGUUACCAGAACCAGGAGGAGUUUGAAGAUGACCAAGAGGACUUCGACCCUUGAGCUGCAAUCAUGAUUUUGUCAAAGUGAAGAGUUCAUUUUGCUUUUGAUUUGGAGUAUUCACAGUGGGUGAUCGAUGUUUUAUUGUGCUUUUCAUUAUAAAUUACAAAACAAUGUUAAAGGGUGGGUAGUAGGAUAUUGAGGGGUUUUACUUAGUGGUAAUCUUGUUAAGUUAAAUCUUGCUUUUGGAAUUGCACAGUCUAUGUAAUGAUGUGAAAAUAUGGCAUGUAGUAUCAAGGCAUAUGUGGCUUUUGCUAUCAAACAUGUUCUAGUUUUGCGCUUUUUUCACUAAAAAAGA